UUAUGGGGAAUUAGAGAAAAUCUCUCUCUCUCUCUCUCUCUCUCUCUCUCUCUCUCUCUCUCUCUGUCAUACUGUUCCGAUCCCCCCCAGCAAAAGAUUUUCACUUUCUCUUUCCUAGGGUUUAGCUGAACUCAGAUAGCUUCAUAUUCAAGCUCAAUUGUCCAGCUCCAAUGUCUUUAGAUUCAAAUGCUUACUAUGGCACCCUACCAUCAACCACCGCCACCAGCACCGCCGCACCCUCAACGUUCUUUCGUGCCAGAGAAACGACCCAGUCCUUCUUCGCCAAGCGCCGCCCGUGGCUCGAGCUCGUCCAGCCCUUCUACAACUUCACGCGCCCCUACACCUUCGGCGAGGCCACAAUCCGAAUCAAGCGCAACCUCAGCUACUUCCGCGUCAACUACACCAUGGUCGUCCUCUUCAUCCUCUUCCUCAGUCUGCUGUGGCACCCAGUCUCCUUAAUCGUAUUUCUCCUCGUCUUCGUCGCCUGGUUCUUCCUCUACUUCUUCCGCGACAACCCACUCGUCAUUUUCAACCAUAUCGUCGACGACCGUAUCGUUUUGGGCGUGCUUGGCGUCGUCACCAUCGUCGCUCUGAUUUUCACGCACGUGUGGUUGAACGUGUUGGUCUCUGUUCUAAUUGGGGUCGCAAUUGUUGCGUUACACGCAGCUUUUAGGGGUACGGAGGAUUUGUAUAACGACGAGCAAGAAGCUGCCGAAGGUGGGUUGCUUUCGGUUGUGGGCAGUCCCACGCGACCUCGGUACUCCCGCGCUUAGCUGAUUUUCCAUUCGAUUCUCGCUAUUCUGUUUCGAUAUGGAUCUUGGUGGGUAGGAGAAGUUCCUUUUUUGGCAUUGUAAGCUCAUUUUAGAUCUGCUUUUAGUUAGCAUUUUCUUCAAUCUUGAGCUCUAUUCUUUGCUUUUAGCUUCAAGUUCAGUUUUUUGUCCUCUUUCAUUUUUGUAAAUGCAGUGCGAAUUGAUGACCCUUUAGAGGUUUUCUUUUAUACUUAGUGAAACAUGUAUCAGAUUGCUUGGUUUUUGCCAAUAUAUAGUUUUGAUUCAAGUGUGGUUGUUAAAGGUAAACAUUGAAAUGCUGUUGAACGUGAGUUGUUAGAGUGAAGCAAUUAAUCUAUUUGAAUUUAGAUUCAAAGUGUUGCUUACUGUUUAUGUGCAUAUUCUUUGGCAGAUGAUUCUUGCAUUUGAAUGUAUUGCUGUCAGUCAUUUCUACUGGCAUUCAACUGUUGAUUGUUCAUAGCUUUGUGCCAUCUCUUGGAUAAGCUUUACCUACUGUUAACGGUCAUCUCUACCCUCUGUAUGUCACUGCUCAAUUUACCUAUUGUUAAUAGAUGUUUCAGAGUGCUAUAAGACCCAUUUGUGUGGACUUUGAAGGCUGGAUGGGGGAGCCAAAGCAUGUUUUCCCUCACAAUUUUUGUAGAUUUGAGAUGAUACAGAGUAGAGAUGCAGCGCUUUUGGUUUGGGCCAUGUGAGGAUAAAGUCUUUGAAUUGAUUAUUGGAAAGGAAAAAGCAGGAAUUAUAGCAGCCAUGGUCCAUGCAAAGCCAACGCCUUUUAUCACAAUGGGUUUCUGAAGAUCUUAAUCUAUGGCUGGUUUGCACAUGAGCUUUCUUUCAGAAUCCCGUUUGGUUGGAGUUUUGAUUCAAUAAUACAUACUUCACUUUUGUUUCAUAUUAUUUUGGAAUUGGUUGGUAGGGGAUGAGAUGACUAGGCAACUGGGCAUUUACCGGAUGACCGCUGGUUCCUUUGACUUUCUUUGAUAUACUGACAGGCAGUGUUUAAUAUUUGAAUAAAUCUGAAUGGAAUAAUGGCAUGUAAAUCUUGCUAUUAUUUGUUGGUA